AUGCGAAUACUUCAAAAAUUGAAUUUGCUUGAUGAGAUACUUGGUGUAAAUAAUCCAGGAACACAUUUUACAGUCUUCAACAAUGACUUUACCCCAUUAAUUGAAUUUCGAUCGCCAUCUGUUGAAGGUCUUCCACAACUAACUCUAUGCAUUGCACGUUCAAAGCUCCAUGACAUACUCAACAAAAAUGUGCCAUCAUCGAUUACAGUGCACUGGAAUCGUGGCAUUACAUCUGCUGAAGAACUUGAAGAUGGAAAAGUUUUAGUGACUUUGAUGGAUGGCCAUCAAGAAAAAUGUGACUUACUAAUUCAUGAACUUAGAUUUGCCGGUCCAAUCUCCAUUGUCGCACGUACUCGACCUUUAAACAAGCCAUCACCUCCUCUAGAUACGACAUGGGGUGGUGUACUUGCCGACAAUGGACAUUUUCUUUUUAUUGCACCAACCGAUCAAACAAGUGCAUUUUGGAGUGUGAGCUAUUUAUCAGAGACACCUUGCGAACCGAAACAUGUCGGAACAAUGAGUGAAGCCAAAAUCGAACAAGUACUACUCGGUGCUGAACAACGUUUGAGACCAUUUGGUGAACCGAUACCGACUCUUUUCAAAGAAACACUACACAGUAGUAUUGCCGUAAAGCAACGCCAAAGACAUGGUGCCCAUCAAGAAUCAUGGUUCAGUGAUUUUUAUCGGUGA